AUGGCUACUGCUGCACCUCCACUACCUCCUGCUGCUUCCCGACCACGAGAAAGCUGGCGUGCAGAAAGUUCAAGCUCACCGUUUCCGGCUCGAGGCAGAGGUGGGAGAGGCAGGGGACGGGGCGCAAGGGGAAGGGGAAAUAACAGCAACAAUGCCAACAACAUUUCCACUCGCUCGGAUAACAGCACAAAACAAGACCCUCCAAAGCAAGCGCCUCCCUCCGUUCAACCACCCGUGCCUCCGUCAAAACCUAACCCGCCUCCCCCACCUUCUUCUGUUUCAGGCUCGUCUGAGACAAAGGAAAAGUCUGGUCGUUCAAAGGGUAGACGACCACCUCGUCAAACACCCGCCGUUGUUGUGGAACCUGCUGGACCUUCGGCCGAAACAGCCAACAACAGCGGUAGCAGCAAUGCGAAUCCUAACUCCCCCAGACCAAGUAACAGACGCAGGAGGUCUCAGCAGCUUACCAAAGCCAAUCCUAACGUUGCCAAUCUCAAAGUUGAUGUCCCUCCACUAGAUAAUAACUCGCUGCGAUCACCGCAAGGCAGCCAUCUAGCGGUUCCGAAGAGUGCCCCUCCACCCUCCAAAGACACUCCCCCACAUCUUGCUGGCCAAUUUGAUAUGAGGAGUGAUAUCAAUGCUUUAGUUGAACGGGUUCGCGCUGUGGCCAUGGAAAACCGACCAGUGACUCCUGGAAGCGCUAGUCAUAUUGAUUGGGCCGGGGAUGACGACGAGAGUCUGCCUGACCUCGACGACUGGGGUGUAAAGCCUAGUGCUGAUAUUCAAAAGCAGCAGGACGAGUUGAUCUCGCCAAUCAUUGUCGAUGGCCUAACGCCAUUGCCUGACCCAGUUGUCAAACCACCGACUCCGCCGGAAGAGGCAAAGCCAGAAACAACCCCUUUUGCUUCGAAAGAGACGGAGAAACCUGUCGCUGUCCCCCUCCAUCCAUCACUACCUCCCAAGCCAGUCUCUGCUGUUGAAGCUCCGACUGAAAAUACAUCACCCGCAGCCGAACCGUCCAGCCCACAAAACCCAAAAGUGGGUCUCGCAGCGUCUAUGCACGCUGAUCAACCAGCGAGUUCGUCAAGCAAGCUGUCUCCACAUGUUCCUGAAUUCAGCCCUUCUCACCAACGAACGCAAACCGUGGGCCGUGCUUUCCCUCAUUCGGCUCCUGGCGGCUUCAAUAAUCGAUUCCCUCGGUCAGGCAGCUCGACGCCGAGAGGUGGUUAUGCACCACGGAAUCAACAUGCCAGAACCCACUCCUCCCCUCCAAUUUCGAAUGCGGGCAACCAUCGCACGCCUCACUCUCGUCCUGUCAUAACUGGAGACGCCAUUUCCCGUCUCGCACGCACGAUCGCAGCUCCCUCGCCGCCACGUGCCCAGCCCAUUUCGACUACCAACAACUAA